UCUUAGACUUCCGGCGCGCAGCGGAAGUGACGUCACGGGAGCGCCACUCAAGUAGCCGCUGACCAUGGCGCCCACCAUCCAGACGCAGGCGCAGCGCGAUGAGCCGGGACACCGGCCCAGCUCGCACCGGACCCUCCCCGAGAGGUCCGGAAUCGUUUGCCGGGUCAAGUUCUGCAACAGCCUCCCGGACAUCCCGUUCGACCCCAAAUUCAUCACGUACCCCUUCGACCAGAGCAGGUUUGUGCAGUACAAGGCCACAUCCCUGGAGAAGCAGCACAAGCACGACCUCCUGACCGAGCCCGACCUGGGCGUGACCAUCGACCUCAUCAACCCCGACACGUACCGGAUCGACCCCGGGGUGCUGCUGGACCCCGCCGAUGAGAAGCUGCUGGAGGAGGAGAUUCAGGCACCCACGAGCUCCAAGAGGUCGCAGCAGCACGCCAAGGUGGUGCCCUGGAUGCGAAAGACCGAGUACAUCUCCACCGAGUUCAACCGCUACGGCGUGUCCAACGAGAAGCCCGAGGUCAAGAUCGGGGUGUCGGUGAAGCAGCAGUUCACAGAGGAGGAGAUCUACAAGGACAGGGACAGCCAGAUCGCAGCCAUUGAGAAAACCUUCGAGGACGCCCAGAAAGCGAUCACACAGCACUACAGCAAACCCCGGGUGACCCCUCUGGAGGUGAUGCCUGUGUUCCCCGACUUCAAGAUGUGGAUCAACCCCUGUGCCCAAGUGAUUUUCGACUCGGACCCGGCCCCCAAGGACACGUCGGGAGCAGCGGCUCUGGAAAUGAUGUCCCAAGCCAUGAUCAGGGGGAUGAUGGAUGAGGAGGGGAACCAGUUCGUGGCUUAUUUCCUGCCCGUGGAGGAAACGCUGAGGAAGCGGAAACGGGACCAGGAGGAGGACGUGGAUUACGCCCCCGAGGAUGUGUACGACUACAAGAUCGCCCGGGAGUACAACUGGAACGUGAAGAACAAGGCGAGCAAGGGCUACGAGGAGAAUUAUUUCUUCAUCUUCCGCGAGGGCGACGGCGUCUACUACAACGAGCUGGAGACCAGGGUGCGGCUGAGCAAGCGCCGGGCUCGCGCCGGGGUCCAGUCGGGCACCAACGCCGUGCUGGUGGUGAAGCACCGGGACAUGAACGAGAAGGAGCUCGAGGCACAGGAGGCACGGCGAGCGCAGCUGGAGAACCACGAGCCCGAGGAGGAGGAGGAGGAGGAGAUGGAGGCCGAGAAGGAAACGCCGGGAUCAGACGAGGAGCGGGAGAAGGGCAGCGAGAGCGAGGAGGAGGAGGCCGAAGGCUCCGGGUCGGGCUCCGAGCGCGGGGGCGGCUCCGCCCGCAGCGAGGAUGAGGAGGAGGAAGAGGAAGAGGCCGAAGGUGCCCGGGGGGGCCGCCGGGGGGGCAGCGACGCCGCUCGGGCCGCCCGGGACCAGGAGGAGAUUUUCGGCAGCGACAACGACGAGGAGGAAGAGGAGGAGGAGGAGGAG